UGGAAACAAUGGAGUCACUUCGCCAUCAGCGUUUACAGCCCGGUAUCGGAUACGGAGCGAGCGCGACCGGGACUCUUCGGUCCCUGCGACCCGGUGUAACAGGCACCCUUCCUUCGGCACAGCCUGCACACAUGUCGGUGUCCGCUUCUCCGGGGCCGCCGCCACCACCGCCGCCCCUUCAGCUCCACAGCCUGAUGGGAAGCGGGUUCGGUUCGAUGGACAUGUCGUCGGGUCUGGGUCUGUCCAAUCCCACCAACCCUGCGGUGCUGAGAGAAGCAGUGGACGCGGUGGUCCGGAGCUUUGCGAAACACACGCAGGGAUACGGCAGGGUAAAUGUUGUGGAGGCGUUACAAGAGUUCUGGCAGAUGAAGCAAUCACGGGGGGCUGAUCUGAGAAACGGAGCGCUCGUUGUUUAUGAGAUGGUCCCGUCUAAUAACCCCCCCUACAUCUGCUACGUCAGUCUUCCUGGGGGCAGUUGCUUCGGGAGUUUUCAGUUCUGCCCAACCAAAGCUGAAGCCAGACGGAGCGCAGCCAAAAUCGCCCUGAUGAAUUCUGUUUUCAAUGAACAUCCGUCUCGACGCAUCACAGAUGAAUUCAUCGAGAAGAGCGUCUGUGAGGCUUUAGCUUCUUUUAACGGGAACAGAGAAGAAGCUGAUAACCCAAACACUGGCAUUGGUGCUUUUCGGUUCAUGUUAGAGUCGAACAAGGGGAAGUCAAUGCUGGAAUUCCAGGAACUGAUGACGGUUUUCCAGCUCCUUCACUGGAAUGGCAGUCUCAAAGCCAUGAGAGAAAGACAGUGUUCCCGUCAGGAAGUGCUUGCUCAUUACUCUCACCGAGCGCUGGAUGAUGACAUGCGCACACAAAUGGCCGCCGACUGGGUCAGCCGAGAACACACUUUAUCCGGGACCAUUACCCGAGAGCUGGCUGCUACGGAGCGUGAACUAGAGGAUGCUCGUCUGGCCGGACGAGAGCUGCGCUUUUAUAAAGAAAAGAAGGACAUUCUGCUGAUGGCAGUGGGGCAGUUAGGUGGCUCCAAUACUACAACUCUGCCCUGCAAAUGCUGAAGACCAUGAAGAUGUGUGACGCGGCAUAUGAUUGUGACAGAGAAGCCAAUAGAGAAGUCUCAGCACUCCAAAACUGACUUUUAAAACCUGUGUGUGUGAGUGAGGAGGCAAGAAAAAACCCAGCAUUUUAAUCAAACGUCAAUGAAUCAUCAGAGGUGAUGAAAGAACAUUGUAACAUUUUUAGGGAAGAAUGUUUAUAAUGAUCUGAACAAUUAAUGCAUUUUAAAAACCAAGCACUAUAUUGCUACCUUAUAACUAUAUCAGUAUUAUCCACCGGUAUAACUGUCAUUGAUUGACUUUACUGGCAUUUGGACUUAUUGUGUCUUGAGUUGGAGGAGGCUAUGUUCGGAAUAGCAUACUUCCAUGAUGCUCUUACUAUUUACACCGUUUUACUACAACUACAAAAUGUUAUGAAAUUAUUCCUAUUGUUUCACUUAAUAUUUUAAAUAAAUGUUUGGCAAUAUACAUUAUAUAAUGCACAGCAUAUAGUAAAUAGUAAGGUAGCAUUCUAUUCCAAACAUAACCUCAGUUUUGAGGCCUUUCUAAAAAUCUUUGCAUUGUAGCUUUCUUUGAUUCUGUAAUGCAUGGGUGCUGCUCUUUCGCCCAUUCAGUACAUGCAGAUUUUUAUGUUCUGCAUUAAACAGGCUCAUCAUAGGUGCAUUUAUUUGUCACAUAUGUGUUUUAGAAUAUGAAUAUAUAAGCAUUUGUUUUUUUAGUUAAUUUUAAGCGCAUAACAUUUAUAGUUAUUCCGACUUUUUUAACGACGAGACAAGACUUUUUAUUUGUUUGCCUUCCGUUACAUUCGUGAUUGUAGAGCGUCAAUGCUCAUUUCAAGGCAACAUUUAAUUUCUACCUCCUUGCUGAAAGCUUUUGAACAUUUAUCACACAUACACAUGCAGAUUGUUUUUUGUGCAAGAUGAGCAAUGGAUAAUGGUUUGGCUGAGGGGCUUCCCUCAGAAGCAGAAAUAAACCAUUGAUGGCUCUUAUAGACACUUUUUAAACAAACAAUGUUCAGGUCCUUAUGAUUCUGAAAAUCAGAGUUUUGAAAGCCCCAAUUGUAUUUUGUUUGUAUUUCAUUGUUUAAAAAUGAGAAGGUAUCAUAUUCAUGUAUGUAUUGAAAUGUAAAUUGCAUAAACAUUUCAUACAAUUUUAUACAAAAUGUCUGUUCUUUCCUUGCUGUGUGUUUAUUUUUUUACAAACUUGUUUACCAAAUUAAUUUUGUAUUAAUACUCAAGGUAGUGAAAUUACAUCAGUGCAUGUGAAACAUUUUAUACAUUUUGUAUUUGUUUUGUAUGAGUAGUUUAAAUGCCAUUUUAACUGU